AUGAAACUGAGUGUGGGGAUAUUUUUUGGAGGCUUCUUUGCAGCUCUGGGGGUUUUGCUUUUUUUGGUGGCAUUUGGAACUGAUUAUUGGCUUCUUGCUACAGAAAUAGGAAGGUGUUCAAAAGCAGCUGAAGAUGCUGGGGGGGAGAAGGCCACUUUUCAUCAUGAAGGUUUCUUCUGGAGGUGCUGGUUUAAUGGAAAUGUAGGAGAGAAUAAUGCCAGCAUGUGGAAUUUCUGGUAUACUAACCAGUCACCUUCUAAGAAUUGUACACAUGCUUACCUGUCACCUUUUCCUCUUAUCCGAGAUGAACACAACUCAACCUCCAAUGACUCUGCAAUCAUUUAUCGAGGUUUCUGGACAGUUCUUAUGCUCCUGGGAGUGCUCACUAUUGUGAUGGCUAGUUUUUUCAUCAUCUGUGCAGCUCCUUUUGCCAGCCACAUUCUGUACAAAGCAGGAGGAGGCUUUUUCAUCAUUGCUGGUGGGUAUACUGUUUGCUCAGUCAAUUAA